GACCUCUAAAUAAAAACCACUUGUCAUAAACACUGACUCACAUCAAUUAUUUUAAUAAAUACAUUUUCAUUUUUGUCUUUGUAAAACAAAUAACACAAUUCUCUUAUUUUUAGAACCCAGAAGAAAAGAUUGUAUAAACGAAAAAAGAACCCAAAAUUAUAAAACCAAGAAGCCUUACAAAGGAAGAGAGGAAAAACAAAAAAAGGUGGUGAUGUCAGCUUCCCGAUGGACGUUAAUGGAUCUACCAUCGUAUCUGUCGUCAUCAUGGGCAUUCCGGUGGCCGGAGGUGAAUCUUUCUUACCUGAGCUCCGGUUGGAACAUGAGAUUGUUGUCUUUGUCGGGUAAUCUCUCCAUAAUCGAUGAUCUUUUGUGGAGUUUUGUCUCGAUCGUUGAAUCUUUAGCUAUCGCUACUACGAUCUGUUGCUUCUUCUUGUUUUGUGGUUGUACCCUCUAAUUCCUUUUCUUAAUUAUUUAAUCUUUCAUAUUUAGUACCGGAUCUUAUUGCCAACUAAAAUCUUUGUAAAUAGAAUAAUCAAUAAAUUCGAGACUUUUCUAGCA